GGCGGAAGAGGAAGUGGCGCCGCGCCGGCAGCCGGCGGCAGAGAAAGGCUGCGCGGCGGGUGCGAGGAGCCCCGGCCCGGCCCAGGCCCUUCCCCGAGCGGGCGGCGGUGGCUGAGGACGAUGAGGGCCGCCGGGCUGCUCUGGGCCGCGCUGUGGGCGCUGCUGCUGCCGCCGGUAACUGCAGAUGAGGGGAUCCUGCACGCUUCUGGAAGUGGCAUACCUCCCGUAACAAAGGAUUAUUGCAUAAUUUACAAUUCUAGUUGGGUAUCUCUUCCAAAGAGCCUGGACAAUGCUACUUUCAGAACUCUGGAAAACCUGACUUCUACGGUACUCUGCAGUUCUUCUGAAGUUCCUUCUGGCUUAAUGAAGGACAAAGCAGUUGUAGUGAUGAGAGGAAACUGCACUUUCUUGGAGAAAGCAAGAAUUGCACAAAGAUUGGGUGCUAAAAUGCUGUUGAUUGCCAGUAAGCCUAGGCUGUCUCCUCUUUCAGAUAACAAGACUGAUUUUGAAGAUGUGACUCUUCCGGUUGCUCUUAUAAGAUACAGUGACAUAGUAGAUAUGCAGCUGACGCUGGGAAAUGAAGUUAAUGUGACUCUGUAUUCACCACCUUUGCCAGAGUUUGAUUGCAGUAUGGUUGUCAUCUUCCUGAUUGCUGUGUUUACAGUGGCACUAGGAGGCUACUGGAGCGGAGUAGCAGAACUUGAGAAUUUGAAAGCAAUAGCAAGUCCUGGGGAGAGAGAAACAAGACGGAAGAAGGAAGAAAAUGUUACUUUCACCCCUGUAACAGUUAUCUUGUUUGUUGUCAUCUGUUGUGUCAUGCUGGUCUUACUUUAUUUCUUCUACAAAUGGUUAGUGUAUGUUAUAAUAUCAGUCUUCUGCUUGGCAUCUGCAAUGAGUCUAUACAACUGUCUUGCAGCGUUAAUAGCAGAAAUACCAUUUGGGCAGUGCAGGAUUGCAUGUUGCAACAAAAACAUUGAAGUGAGGCUUAUUUUUCUUGCUGUAUUCUGCAUAGCAGCAGCUGUCGUCUGGGCAGUGUUUCGAAAUGAAGAUAGGUGGGCUUGGAUUUUGCAAGAUAUUUUGGGAGUUGCUUUCUGCUUAAACUUUAUUAAAACACUGAAAAUGCCCAACUUUAAGUCCUGUGUGAUACUUCUAGGCCUUCUCCUUCUAUAUGAUGUGUUUUUUGUUUUCAUAACACCAUUUAUUACAAAGAAUGGGGCAAGUAUAAUGGUUGAAGUUGCAGCUGGUCCUUUUGGAAACAGUGAAAAGAAUGAUGGAAACUUGGUGGAAGUCCCUGCUGAACGCUCAGCUCCCCAUGAGAAAUUACCUGUGGUUAUUAGAGUGCCUAGACUUGAAUACUCUGCAUCGACACUGUGUGACAUGCCAUUUUCAUUGUUGGGUUUUGGAGACAUUAUUGUCCCAGGGCUUCUGGUUGCCUAUUGUCGAAGAUUUGAUGUUCAAACAAGUUCAUCUUCUGUAUACUUCAUUUCCUGCACAAUAGCUUACGCCAUCGGUAUGGUGCUGACUUUCAUUGUUCUGGCAUUAAUGAAGAUGGGACAACCUGCCCUUCUCUAUCUUGUACCAUGUACACUCAUAACUAGCUCGCUUGUUGCUUGGCGGCGCAAAGAGAUGAAGAAAUUUUGGAAGGGAAGCAGUUACCAGGUAUCGGACUCCCCCAGGACGCCUUUGCUACAAGAUGAUGGAGCACCUGGAUUACACAGGAAAUGAAGAAAGCACAGCAUCAGCCAGUGAACAGCCUGGAGGACAAUAACACGUAGGAUCCUGAUUUAAAAUAGUAUUCAAUUUUUCUACAAAUAAAUUACAGUAAAUUUGGUGAAACUUUACAAUAUUUCUCACUCGGUAAAAGGAUUUUUUACUCCAGCUCCUAUAUUUUUAUGGAAAAUAUUGUCAAAACCAGAAAAGUUAUCAAAAGAGACUUGCAUUUUUACAGCCAAACCAUAGCUAGUAAAACUGUGCCUUAUUUCGAUAUAAAUAAAAGAUAUUUUCUAUGCAGUUUUCCAAAUGUGUUUCUAUACAGUAUAUUUUUAUAAAAAACACUUGCCCAUAUCAAUUUGAUGCAUUAAAUGUUUUCUUGAUUUUGAUUAUUCAUUUUUUUAAGAAGUACAGUACCCUUUGUAGGAUUUCUUUCCAGAUUUUGAAUGUAAAGAUGGAUAAUAAUGUAACUGUACCAACUAAAGAAUGAAACUGUAGUUCCAUUACUAAAAGUAACUGAAUAAACUGUGUGUAUGUUAGUCUA